UUGUGCUGGGCGACGAGCUGACUGGAUGCAGGGGGGUGGUGGCUCCUGCUGCUGUUGGUUGCUAGGCGACCAUGUAAUCAAACUUCGUUGUGCUCCUCUGCAUUUCUUUGUUUCUGUCUGUCUAUCUCCCUCUCUCUCCCCCUUUGUCACUAUCUAUCUAUCAAUCUAUCUGUCUGUCUGUCACCCUCUCUGUUUAUCUGUCUAUUUAUCUAUCUGUUUAUCUGUCUGUCCCUCUCUCUGUUUAUUGAUUUAUUUAUCUAUCUAUUUAUCUGUCUGACUGUCUGUCCCUCUCUGUUUAUCGAUUUCUUUAUCUAUCUAUCUAUCUAUCUAUCUAUUUAUCUGUCUGUCCCUCUCUGUUUAUUUAUCGAUUUGUUUAUCUAUCUAUUUAUCUGACUGUCUGUCUGUCCCUCUCUGUCGUCCUCCAACUAAUCAUGGCACAUCCGACCAACACAAGUACCUUAAAUAAGGUCGACUUCGAGAAGAACUGGACGGAAAGAGUGAAGAAAGAGAAACGGCACCAACAACUGUUUACGAACUUCAGUAUAAACCCUUUCAAAAAAAUCCAUGAGAUCACAGGAAAACCCAACAGAGAGAGCGAGGUAGGAAAUAUGAUAGAAGACUCUCACUUCAAGACAGUCAUCAAACGGGCCAAUCUGGAACCUGUGAAGAAAUACGAGUAUCCACAGACCGAGUCUCAAGAAAUUGGUUGGAUAACUCAGCCUUUGGUGGACCUUGACCGCAAUGACCGCCGACUUCAAUUCCCCCGUGUCCGGACUGGCAUCACAGACUACAUGGAGGCAGUUUGGUUAAUGAAAGAACAGGCACAGCAAUGAUAAAUAAAUAAAUCAAAUGAAAGCCAGGGGCUGUAUCACUCCACAGCCCCACACUUAACUCUGCCAGAACUUCUCUUCCAAAAGAUGGGCACAAAAGAGGAUGGAUUUCUUAAUGAAAAACAAAUCUUUUGUCUAAUGACAAUGGUGAUUGUAGGGCCUUCAUGCUGGCCUUGCUGUUUUAAUUAAUAAAUCUCAAUUAUCAACUAAGAAA